UCCUUGCCGCAGGCCGACGGGCUGCGGCAGGCGCUGGAGGAGAUGCGCGCGCUCUACGAGCGGAACCAGGCGGACGUGUCUGAAGCCAAGUCGGGGCGCACGGACCUCAUCUUCCUCAUCCGCUUUCGCCACUGCUGCCUGCUGCGAAACCAGCGCUGCGUCGUGGCCUACCUGUACGACCGGCUGCUGCGGAUCCGGGCGCUCCGCUGGGAGUAUGGCAGCGUCCUGCCCAACGCCAUCCACUUCCACAUGUCGGCGGAGGAAGUGGAGUGGUUCAACCGGUAUAAAAAGUCUUUGGCCACCUACAUGAGGUCAGUGGGAGGAGAGGAGGGGCUGGACCUCACCCAGGACAUAAAACCCCCAAAAAGCCUCUACAUCGAAGUGCGCUGCUUAAAGGACUACGGCGAGUUUGAGAUCGAUGAUGGCACCACCGUCCUGCUGAAGAAGAACAGCCAGCACUUCCUCCCUCGCUGGAAAUGCGAGCAGCUGAUCCGGCAAGGCAUCCUGGAGCACGUCCUGUCGUGAGCGCCGGGACGGCCCUUCCCGGUGCGCGGCGCCCGGCUGCCUC